AUGCGACGUUCACUCGGACCCUUGACUUCAACGCGCGGGUAUCAAUGUCGCAGCUACGCCACGAAACGGCUCGCCGGAGCUGCAUCGGAGGUUUCCAGCUUGCCUCCUCCACGAUUACGCCUCAAGACGCUCUCCGAAAGCCCGGACGCUGCAGCUCAUAAUGCCGCAACCCGCAAGGCUCAACUGGAGCCGGAUACGUUCAUCAAGAUCGCCUCUCUCUACACGGAGCAGAAGGAGCUGCAAAGCGCCUAUAAUACGAAGGUCCACGUGCAAUCCACUGUAGGCGACCAGAUACGUACUAUCAGGGAUCUGGACCAAAAGCAAGCUGCCAUAGAGAAAGCGAAGCGUCUCAAAUCGGAACUGAGCUCAAUUGAUAGUAAACUGAGCGAGACUAAGAGUCAGUUGCUUCAACUCGCCUUGUCCGUCCCGAAUGACACCCACCCCUCCACACCUCUCGGACCCGAGUCUGCCGCAGUGACGCUCUGUACACAUGGUCCAGAACCUAUGCCGCAGGAUUCUGCCAGAGACCACGUAGCUGUUGCACGCAGCUUGGAUCUCCUCGACUUGGAGGCUGGCUCCUCAACUACCGGCUCUUCGUGGUACUACCUCCGUAACGAAGGCGCCAUGCUCGAACUCGCUCUCACUAACUACGCGCUAUCAAUCGCGCUCAAGCACGGAUUCACUUUUGUUACAACGCCGGAUGUUGUCCGCUCAGACAUAGCAGCCCGAUGCGGCUUCCAGCCACGAGAUCGGGAUGCCUCACAAAUAUACCAUCUGGAGCACACCAACCCACAAUUGGUCCUCGCUGGCACCGCAGAAAUUCCCUUAGCAGGGAUGCUGGCCAACAAGAUUUUUACGGAGGACGCACUUCCGAUCAAAGUUGUUGGGCUCGGCAAAGCCUUUCGCGCUGAAGCGGGUGCUCGGGGUGCAGACACACGCGGAUUAUAUCGAGUCCAUCAGUUUCAGAAGCUGGAACUAUUUGCUGCCACUACUGAAGAUGAGAGCGAAGCGAUGAUGGAGGAGCUACGAUUGAUCCAGACGGAGAUCUUUGAGGGACUGGGCUUCCCUUUCAGGAUCCUCGACAUGCCGACUGAAGAACUCGGCGCGAGCGCCUAUCGCAAGUAUGACAUGGAGGCGUGGAUGCCUGGGCGUGGUGCUUGGGGCGAAAUAUCCUCCACCUCGAACUGCACGGAUUAUCAAGCUCGCCGGUUACACAUCCGGUAUCGACGGACCGUCCAGUCCCAAGCAGAUGCAAGCGGCUUACCCUUCGUGCACACAUUGAACGGGACGGCAGCCGCCAUUCCUCGACUCAUCGUGGCUCUUCUGGAAAAUGGGGCGAUCUUUGACGAAGCUGGUUCCAUCUGCGGGAUGGAUCUCCCUGAAGUACUCCGACCAUUUUGGAUAGGGACCUCCACCGAAAACAAAGUGAGAUGGAGAUAA